UUGAAAGAAGAGUGCCGAAGCGAUUCCACUUUCGCCGUUUUCUUUGUCACCGAUCCCCGUUUCGCCGAGUAUGAGAAAUUUCAUUUACUGGACGCUUGGAAAGGAUUGCCGCUGACAACAAGGACCACAUCAAACACCGUUUUCACAAAGAACGACUGUGAUUUUGCUUUGACUAUCCAGAGCUUUGACUAUUCCAUUGCCACCGUCGCU